GAUUUAUCCUCACCGAUAGAAACCCAAAGCACCAAAUAGGUAAUAGAACUUCAAGCCCCAGGAACCGUUCUCUCCUCCUUUUCUCUCAGAAACAGUGGGAGUAGUCACAGCUGGAAGGAUAAUAAGAUGCGCAUGAAUCUGGCAACCACGAAUAGACGACAAGAGAAAGUUUCAAAAAGUAGAGAACUCGGUUGUGAGUCUUAGCACGCUUUUAGACAGUCCUGCUAAUGCAUAUGUUACAUUGUUGCUCAUUUGUAUGAUUUAGCGAAAAGGCGAAUGAGCUUGAAUAUUUUUUCUGUGUGAUUCGAUUGUUGGAGUUUUUGGAGAAGUUCCUGCUGUCCACUGGCCAUGAAUCCAACGACGUCUUUUGAAAAAAGUGGAGGUUUCCUGUGGCCAGGGCAGAUAUGUGACUCUAGUACUGUGAGGGGACACCAUUCAAGAAAAUGAAGUUUGGAAUGGUGACCGCCUCUUGCAGUGAGCGUUGGGGAAUCAAUCUCGGACGACUGGAGCAUCCACAGUAUCUCAGCAGUGCAAACUGCACACGUCUCUUGCCCUAGAGAGUGAGCUGAGGCCAUUUAGUGGAAUCAUCAGGCUUUGUCCGUGAAUUGAUUGCCAGGCAUGUGAGCAGUCAGUGGGGAUGAACGUUUGACUAUUGCUAUUGGCUAACACUGCUCGUGAUACUUUGAAGACCUUGCAUUUCAUAUCUCCUAGAAUGAGGAUUGAAUGUUUCUUCAGACUUGUGUAUGUUCUUAGUAGUUCGGUGGUGCCUGAUUUAAAAAGGCAUCACUGACGGUUACAAUACUUUACAUUUUGCAUCAUCAUCUCUGCCAUUGGAAGAAACCCAAUGUCUGCCUGCAGCAGCUCAGCUCCUCCGUCCUUUCCCAAAGCCUACCUCCACUCACAAAUCCCAGCUGUGCCUCUGACCCCCUCACCAUCGCCGAGCCCCCCGGGACCCCUCUACAGCCGCCUGUCCAACGGGAGUCACGGGAGUCACACUCACAGCGCUCCCAGCCCCACUAACUCCCGCAGCUCCUUCCAUGGAGUGUCCUUCCUCCUCCAGAUUGGCCUGACCAGAGAGAUGGUGAACCUGGAGAACCAUGACCUGUCGCUGUCUGCUGUCAAAGACCUGGUCUGCUCUAUAGUCGACCAAAAGUUCCCAGAGUGUGGCUUCUUUGGCAUGUAUGACAAAAUCCUGCUCUUCCGCCAUGACUUGAACUCUGAGAACAUCCUCCAGAGGCUGACGUCAGCAGAGGAUAUCCACGAGGGAGAUCUGAUAGAGGUGGUGCUCUCUGCUUUAGCCACAGUAGGGGACUUCCAGAUCCGGCCUCAUGCUCUAUAUGUCCACUCCUACAAAGCGCCCACCUUCUGUGACUACUGUGGGGAGAUGCUAUGGGGCCUCGUCCGCCAGGGGCUCAAAUGUGAAGGUUGUGGGCUGAACUACCACAAGCGCUGUGUCUUCAAGAUCCCCAACAACUGCAGUGGGGUGAGGAAGAGACGUCUGUCCAACGUGUCCCCGCCGGGCCCCUCGCUCUCAGUCCCCCGGCCCCUCCCUGGUCCCACAGAACAUGCUGUGGUCGUCCUGGAGGAGCAGCGCUCCCACCAGGAGGCAGGGAAGAGGAUCCUGUCGUGGAGUGGCCGGCCCAUCUGGAUGGAGAAGAUGGUGCUGGGGCGAGUCAAGGUGCCUCACACCUUCGCCAUCCACACCUACACCCGGCCAACCAUUUGUCAGUACUGCAAACGUCUGCUCAAGGGCCUGUUCCGCCAGGGCAUGCAGUGCAAAGAUUGUAAAUUCAAUUGCCAUAAGCGGUGUGCAUCAAAGGUACCAAGAGACUGCUUGGGCGAGGUUUCCUUCAAUGGAGAGCCUGCCAGCCCAGGACCUGACUCUGACAGUACCAUGGAGGUGGAUAGUAGUGAUGUGGAGAGCACCAGAGGACUACUGGAUGACUCUGAGGAACCUUCAACCCCAGAGCACAAGAUGUUCUACAUAGACUCUCCUUUCCUGGACCGCGAGAAGGACGAGGAGCCCAUCAAGACCAUCAGCCCAUCCACCAGCAGUAACAUCCCUCUGAUGCGGGUGGUCCAGUCCAUCAAACAGACCAAGAGGAGGAGCUCCACCAUGGUGAGGGAGGGCUGGAUGGUCCACUACACCAGCAGAGACAACCUGAGGAAGAGACACUACUGGAGACUGGACACCAAGAGCCUCAGCCUGUUCCAGAACGACACUGGAGCCAAGUUUUAUAAGGAGAUCCCUCUCUCAGAGAUCCUGCAGGUGGAACAGUCGAGGGACCUCAGUAGCCUAGCCCAGGGCAGCAACCCACACUGCUUUGAAAUCAUCACCUCCACCAUGGUCUACUACGUUGGAGAGAACAACGGGGGCCAAUACCACAGCCCCGCGCUGACAGCCUCAGGCGUGGGAAUGGAGGUGGCCCAGGGCUGGGAGAAGGCCAUCCGUCAGGCCCUGAUGCCUGCCACACCCCAGCCCAGUGUGGCCACCGCAGCCAGGCAGGGGAAGGACCACAAACAAGAGGUGUCUAUCAGCAUAUCUGUGUCCAACUGCCAGAUACAGGAGAAUGUGGAUAUCAGCUCUGUGUACCAGAUCUUCUCUGAUGAGGUGCUAGGAUCUGGACAGUUUGGGAUUGUGUAUGGAGGGAAACACAGAAAGACUGGAAGAGAUGUGGCAAUCAAGGUGAUUGACAAGAUGAGGUUUCCUACCAAGCAGGAGAGCCAACUGAGGAACGAAGUGGCCAUUCUCCAGAACCUUCACCAUCCUGGUAUCGUCAAUCUGGAGUGUAUGUUCGAGACGCCUGAGAGGGUGUUUGUUGUCAUGGAGAAACUCCAUGGAGACAUGCUGGAGAUGAUCCUGUCCAGUGAGAAGAGCAAGCUCCCAGAACGCAUCACCAAGUUCCUGGUCACACAGAUCCUGGUGGCUUUGAGACAUCUGCAUUUCAAGAACAUCGUCCACUGUGAUUUGAAGCCCGAGAACGUGCUGCUGGCCUCAGCAGAACCCUUCCCACAGGUUAAACUGUGUGACUUUGGCUUUGCUCGUAUCAUCGGUGAGAAGUCGUUCAGGCGUUCGGUGGUGGGUACCCCGGCCUACCUGGCCCCAGAGGUGCUGCGUAGUAAGGGCUACAACCGCUCCCUGGACAUGUGGUCUGUGGGGGUCAUCGUUUACGUCAGCCUCAGCGGGACAUUCCCCUUCAACGAGGACGAGGACAUUAACGACCAGAUCCAGAACGCUGCCUUCAUGUACCCACCCCAGCCAUGGAAGGAGAUCUCUGCAGACGCUACAGAUCUCAUUAACAACCUCCUACAAGUGAAGAUGAGGAAGCGAUACAGUGUGGACAAGUCUCUCAGCCAUCCUUGGCUACAGGACUACCAGACGUGGCUGGACCUCAGGGAGUUUGAGACACGGCGUGGCGAGCGUUACAUCACCCACGAGAGUGACGAUGUGCGCUGGGAGGAGCAUGCAGACGAGCAUAGCCUGGUCUAUCCUAAACACUUCAUUAUGGCGCCCAACCUGGACGAUAUGGAGGAGGGGCCCUAGUAGCCAGGAGGCCAGGUUACAGGUGUGGCCAAGAGGAAAACAUCAGGAACCUCUGCAGGUUGUUGACCUUUGGAAGCAUUCCCUCUAAAACUGGUUGGGAAAGGGUCAGACACCCCUGUGCAGGGACUGUGUGACAGGGGAUUCUGACCCAAGACUCUGUGGUUAGACAUACAGGUGCAGACAGGUGGCUCUGGGGAGGCCCCUGUUUCUUCAGGACACCGCAGUGGAACCAAAAACUUUGGGAGAAAGACAUUUCUUUUUUUUUUCCUUAUCUUGUAGAAUCAUUCCAGCUCAACUUCAUUGGUCCUUUUGGGAAAAGCAUCAUUACUAUAAACCAAAGGACAAUUAAAGUUGAAGGGAUAUAAUUUCCUUAACAUUAGGAGUGAGUAAUGGUAUGCCAUUCUACCUGUGAAGGGCUUACAGAUUAGUGAGCUUAAAGGGCACUUAUCACAAGGGAUUUGUAUCCACAGAAUGAUUGGAAUGCGUAGGUAUUUGCAAACACAACUUUGUGCUUAUUCCAAGACAGUUUUGAAACCAUGUCCUUUGACAGUAUGAAACUGGAGCUAUCAUUUGCAUGUAGAUGUUGUACUUUACUAAUGGGAGGUAGAUUUUUGCACUAUGCUACCAUCAAGUCCAACAAUUUGAAAAGUUAAAGCUGCUACAUCAGGUUCCCUAGAGAGAAUGACAGAAUGACAGAAAGUGUUGUCUACAACAAAACUUAAAGUUUGUGCUAAGAGCUUGAUACAGUAAUGCCUAGGUGAGUAGCAUAGAGAUUGUGAAAAUGGCUACAAUGCAAAGCCUUUAGUAGAGAACCUGUCAUAAACAGUGAGCAAGUCAAUCAAAAGGCGCAGGGACCAAAGACUGAAUCCAGCUAAUUGAUAUUAUACAUCUUCAAUUCCCCUGUCUUCUCACGACCAAUAACUCAUCUGUUUUUCUAAUGGCUGUCUUAUCAUUGUGGUUCACUCUACUUCGUUGUCUAGAAAGUGGCUUGACUAUUGUACAUUCCAAGCAGGGUUCGAGCCAAACCUGGUGAUGGGUCCACUACCCCUCAAGGUAUUACAGUAGCUAUCUACAGUUGAAGUCGGAAGUUUACAUACACUGAGGUUGGAGUCAUUAAAACUUGUUUUUCAACCACUCCACAGAUUUCUUGUUAACAAACUAUAGUUUUGGCAAGUCGGU